AUGUCCCUCGACAAGUGCCGUAAGCUCCACCACGACGGAAUCAAUCAAUGUGCGGUUAACAAAAACAACAAAGUGCUUGAUUCUCCUACCGAUCCUCAAUCGAAUCAAGUGUUUCGCAAUCAAAUCGUGAACGAGUUUCCAAAACUUUUCUCGCCCGGCCUCGGGCAAUGCAAAAACUUCCAGGCUAAAUUUACAUUAUCCGAGAACGCCGUCCCCAAGCAAACCUCUUGCAGACAGAUCCCAUACGCUAUGGAAAAAUCUCUUGAAAAGGAAAUCUCACGCCUAGAAUCUCUUGACAUUAUCGAACGAGUGCACUUAUCCGACUGGAGCACUCCUAUCGUUAUUGUAAAAAAACCGGAUGGCAAAAUCAGAUUGUGCGCCGACUAUUCCACGGGUGUAAACAACGCCCUUAGAGGAAACUCGUACCCUUUACCCAAUAUAGAUCUUAUUAUGUCUAAAUUAAACGGCAAUAGCUAUUUUAGUGUUCUAGAUCUCAGUGACGCUUUCCUACAGAUAGAGGUCGCCAAAGAUCACCGAGACGUCACUGCGAUCACCACCCCUAAAGGUCUUUACAGGUUCAAACGCCUCCCUUUCGGCAUCAAGACCGCACCGACCAUCUUUCAGCAAGCAAUGAAUUUCACAUUAUCCGGCUUAGAUGGCGUCUACGCGUACAUCGACAACGUGGUAGUCAUGGGCUCUACUCGUCAAGAACACGACAGUUGUUUGCGAAAAACCCUCCAUCGUCUGGAAGAAAUAGGUUGGAAAUUAAAGCCGGAGAAAUGUCGCCUCGCACUACGAGAAAUCAAAUACCUCGGCGCCAUCAUAAACGGUUCCGGUAUUUCGGCCGAUCCAGAAGCCACACGUGCUGUUGCCAAACUGCCCAAAACAUCAUGCGUCGCAGAAGUCCAAUCUUUCCUGGGGAUGAUAAAUCACUACGGAAAGUUCAUACCGCAUCUGCAUCAAAUUAAGAAACCGCUAGAGGACCUAACACGAAAGAAUCAGCCUUGGGCGUGGAACUCUCACCACGACGCAGCCUUCCUACGUGUUAAAAAAAUCCUCCUCAGUCCUCUACUUUUAGAGCAUUUCGAUCCGUCGAAAACGCUCGUAGUGGCGGCCGACGCAUGUUCCACGGGCAUCGGAAAUUUGGAAAAGGAAGCCAUUGCAUUGGUUACUGCAAUCGAACGUUUUCACAAAUUCCUCUGGGGAAGGGAGUUUAUCCUCCAAACGGAUCAUAAACCUCUGGUAGCUCUACUUCAAACUGAAAAUACCAAAGGUCUCAAGCCCACCACAGCAGCUCGUCUAAAACGCUGGGCCAUCAGGUUACUAAGAUACGACUUUAAAAUCGAAUAUGUUAGCACACAAGAUUUCGGCCAAGCCGACGCUCUAUCCCGCUUAAUCGAAAAAUUCCGUCAAGAUAAUUCCGAAGAACUUCAAGUGGCUGGCAUUCACGCGGUGGAUAACGAAAUCCAGCAAAUUAGAGAUCUCUCCAUCGAUAAAUUCGGCAAAGAUUUUCGUCAUAAACUAAAAACCGCCACCGGCCUAGACCCAGACCUCAAAACAGUCAUGAAGGCCAUCCAGGACAACAAAUUUCCAAUCGCCUGCUCACCAAUAGUAGAACACUACAAAAAACGUGCGGAUUGUCUGACUAUCGUAGAUGACACCCUACUCUUAGGAGACAGAGUAGUCAUCCCGCAAAGUAUGCAAUCCAGCAUCCUCUCAUCUCUCCACAAAGGCCAUCCCGGAAUCAGAAGGAUGAAACAACUCGCAUGUGAAUACGUUUAUUGGCCUAAACUUUCCGAGGACAUAGAACAUCUUGUGAAACGUUGCGACCCUUGCGCAUUAACACGGAAAUUUCCGGUCAAAGUUCCGAUAUCCCCAUGGCCAAUCCCCUCCAGGCCUCUUGAACGCCUACACUUGGACUUCGCAGGACCUAUCGAUGGCAAAUACCUGCUGAUCUUCGUAGAUGCCUAUUCUAAAUUCAUCGACGUCGGAAUCACCUCUACUAUCUCCGCCGCUCGUACAGUCUAA